UUUCCUGGGGUGUGUAGGCCACAAUAUCGAAGAACAAGGAAGACCCUGGGCCCAAGCCCUGGCCAAGAACAGGUGGGAGGCUCUUGCUGUUGGGAACCUCCUCGUGCUGGCGUCUUGCCCGGCGCUGGCGCCACUUUGCAAGCAGCGGGCGCCGGAGACGCACCGACCAAGGCGUAAUCUGGGACGCAGGUGGGCGCGAGCUGCGACCAACCACAUGCAGGGGGAUGGAGGAGCGCGCGAUGACGGUCCAGCGGGACCGGCCCUACGAGGGCGGCGCGGGGGGGCCAGAGCCCUCAGUAGUCGGCCUGGGACUGGCGGUCGAUCUGGAUGAAAGUGGUGUGAAACGUAGAAUGUUUGGGCGUCUGGUGUAUUCUGAGUCCAAUGAGUGCACGGGGAAGGACGAGCCAUCGAUCGUGCACUGGGCCAGGAAGAGGCAUGGUCGAGGUCACUGGUGGCAUGACGCUCCUGCGACCCAGCCGGCGGGGCCAGACGAGUGCGAGCCAGGGCUGGUGGCGGCAGCAACCGCCGGUGCCACGUCGCUGUGGUGGUGGUCGUCGUCGUCGUCGACGUCGUCGUCGUCGGCGUAUCCAGGUUGAGCAAAGUAGGGAACUG